GCCGAGCCGUGUUGUUCCUGAGCGCGCGAGCGCGUGUCUGCGGAGCAGCGGCUGGCGGCGUGAGUGUAUGUACUGUGUGGCCCGGCUGUCGGCUGCUCCAGUCACUUCUAGCAGCAUUCCCUCGUACGCCUUGACGAUUGAGAAUCUUUUUUUUCUCUCCACUGUUGUUGUGUGUGUACAAGAGAGUGGGAGGAGGUGGAAUCGAUCGCGGAAUAAUCUUCGUUCAAGGAUUUGGAUGAAAACCUUGCAGACGAACUGUGCAGAGCAGACGUGCCGGCUGCACACGACUCUACUGGUCGCAACCAUUAAAAAUCAGCCUUACGGUUCGGAUUAACUCGACAGGCGGUUGUGACAGAGAUUGGUGGAUUAAGAAACUGGGAUGCUGGAUUUGUUAUCUCGGAUUACGAAAGUGGUUCUCGCCUGAAAAGCAUUAUCUUGUCCGUGAGGUGAGGAGUACAUCAGGUCAUCAGCUGGUGCGUGUCUACCGUGUUUGUGACCUUCUGCGGACAGAGUGUGACAUCACACGGUCAUUCAAACAUGUCGUCAUCCCCUCGAUAUUCUUCGCGUCUGCUGGGCACGGUUUCCACUGGGGGUGCAUUAUCGGAGAGAUCGGAGAGAUCACAGAGCACAGAAAAAGUCGCGAGUGGCGAGGAUGAAGAUGAAUACAUUGGAUUUGCCACCUUACCAGACCAGGUGCACAGAAAAGCUGUGCGUCGUGGUUUUGACUUCACACUCAUGGUGGUUGGAGAAUCUGGGCUUGGGAAAUCAACCCUCAUUAACAGUCUUUUCUUGACAGAACUGUAUAAAGAUCGGAAAAUACCUUCUGUAGAAGAACUAGUUCACAGAACUGUGGCUAUUGAAAAGAAGCAGUUGGAGAUUGAGGAGAAAGGUGUAAGAGUCAAGUUGACCAUUGUUGACACUCCAGGUUUCAAUGAUGCUGUCAAUGCAGAGGAAAGUUGGAAGUCAGUGGUGGAUUAUGUAGACCAGCAAUUUCAACAGUACUAUCAAGAUGAGACUGGAUUAAAUCGCCGAAACAUUGUCGACAACCGUGUUCAUUGCUGUCUUUACUUCAUUUCUCCAUAUGGCCAUGGAUUAAAGCCAGCUGAUAUUACCAUGAUGAAGAAAUUGCACCAUAAAGUUAAUAUUGUCCCGCUGAUUGCAAAAGCUGAUAUGCUUACCAAAGUGGAAGUGAAACGUUUGAAGCAAAGAGUUAUAGAUGAGAUUGACAACAAUGACAUUCACAUCUAUGAGUUUCCAGACUGUGACAGCGAUGAAGAUGAUGACUUCAAGCAGCAAGAUAAAGAACUAAAGGCUGCUGUUCCAUUUGCUGUUGUGGGUUGUAAUACAGUGGUGGAGGCUGGCGGCAAAAAAAUAAGAGGCCGUGCAUACCCAUGGGGCAUUGUAGAGAUUGAUAACCCAAAUCACUGUGACUUUGUGAGGUUACGCCAAAUGUUGAUCAGCACACACAUGCAAGAUCUGAAAGAUGUGACAGCAGAUGUUCAUUAUGAGAACUUCCGUGCUCAACAUAUCUUUGAAUCAAUGGCUGGCCAGCAGAAGGAGAGAAGCAAGCUGAAAAGAGAUUCUAAGCCCAACUUUGAUACAAUAGUAGAUACAGACAGACUGCUGGAACAGAAGGAUGCUGAGAUUCAGCGUAUGCAGGCAAUGUUGGCAAAGAUGCAGGAGCAACUAGGCAAGCAGGCAGCACAAGUGAAUGGCAAUGUCUGAGUUUUUCUUUGGAAGACUGCAUCUUAGGUUUUCUUUCUAGUUAUUUGUAUGUCAUCUUUUGGAAAACUUCAGGGGACACAAUCACUUUAAAAAAGGGCUGAAAACUGAAGGGCCUACAGAGUACACGGCAAGAAAAACUUUUGUAGACAUCUUUAGAUUUGGAACUCUUGUUAUGUUGCAAUUUCAUUUAGAGAAAUGCCAUAGUCUGAGAUGAUUGAGAUGUCUAAAGCAUGUAGCUGAUUCUGACAAAAUUUUAUAUAUAUGCUGCUGGUUUCUUCGUAUGUCAACUAUUAGUCGAAAUCUUGUGUCUUCAAAUUAUGUCUGAUGCUCCAGAAAAUAGGCCCUGGCUUUGUAAAACAAUUAUCUUCACAUUGAGCAAAUUUUUCUUAUAACUAUAUUAAAGAUAGAUACUUUCAUCAUAUCUGAAUGUAUUAUGUUGCAAUUCUUUUAAACUGUGAAAUGUAGUUCAAGUUCAAGAUAGCAAUGCUCUUAACAGCAACAAAGCUUGCAGAUGAUUAAUAUUAUAGGACUUUAAUGAACAUUUCCUUAUACCUUUGAGAUGUGUUGAAAUAUUUUUGUAGGUGUGCAUGCUUGUAUCUUUAUCUGUGUGUGUGUGUGUGUGAAAGAGCGAGCUUGUGCGAAAGGUAUAUGUGCUGUUAACGUUAAAUGAUAUAGCUGGGCAAAAAAAACAAAACAAAAAAAAACAAAAAACAAAAACAAGAAUAUAUCAUAAUGGUUUUAAGAACAACAAAGUAGUUUUGAGGUGUAGAUCUUUCAAUAUCACAUUUGGAUUGACUCAUUUCUAAUUAAUUAUUUUUGAGGUGUUAACUCAGUUAAUUGAAUGAGCAGUUAAACAGUAUUAUGCAAAUUCUCAACCUUAAACUUAAGCCAAAAAGUUGCUUUUUUCAUGGUCUGCUGAUAAAAUAAUUUUGUUAACAUUCAGUCUGUGCCUGACAACACCUGACUGGAUUUUUGAAGUCAUAAUUUUGGGUUGUUUGAUCUUUGUUAACAUAGGUCUUUUUGAGUGCUCUUGUUUUAAAUUAAAAUUGAAAAAUAUGUCCAAUAUCUAAUUUUUGUUAUUUGAAAACCCCAACAAAUGAAGACUGUUGAAGAAAAAACUUCACAGACUAAUUUCUUUUUCUACCGUAAUAUUUAAAGGGAAGGCUGAUGACUUACUCUGCUUUUAAAUGGUAAAAGAUACACCCUCAAACCCAUUCCCUUUCCAACUCCCCCUUAUGCCCCACUCCCUAAAGAUGGCUGAUUUGGGUUUUAAUUUUUCAUAGCAAAUUAAUAGGAACCAUAUGCUCCAGAAAAACUUUAUAAAUUGGAUUUAUAUGUCAGAAUGAUUUAAACAUAAAGUUAUGUCUUUUUCACUUUGCAUCAGAUGCUGUUUUUGUGACUUGAACACAUAUUUGAAAGAAUGUUUGAGAGGCAUGCGGAUGAUUGUUAGAGCACACGCACUUCAAAAUGAAUUGCUGUGUCAUCAUGUUGACUUAAUUUGUAUGUACAGAAAUAUCAAACCACUACCAAACAGCAGAACCAUCAAUGUACAGUGUAAUUGCAUGAGAGCUUCUCAUUAAAAUUUCUGUUCUUUCAAAGUUAGAAUCAUAAUUUGAAAUUAACAAGUGAUAACAGACCAAUGUGCCAUUUAUGAUUUUAUGUUUUAUGCAAGAUUUCUUUUUAAAACUUAUUACUAUGUUUCUUUUGCACAUACUGGCAAGAAUGUAUAACAAUUAUAAGGCUACAUGAUGUGUAUUGCAUACAUCCAGACCAGAUACGCAGUUCUAAAUAUUUUGAAUGAACCAGAUACACUUUUUGUGUUUAUGACUUCUUACUUUAGUUUUCAGUUGCUCAUGCUCUAAAAAGGGAUGGCACACAUUCCACUUUCAGUGUUAGUAGUAGCAUGCUAGGGGACUACUCUUUUUGUCUUGCCUGAUUUGUUCUUUGACUGGACCUCAUGUUUGUGUUUCGGAUUAAUCCUGCCUGGAUGUCUGGAUGCGAUUCCUCAUUCCAUCUUGGUGGUUUUUACUUUCUUUUGACUGAGAGACACCUUUGUCAACACAGGUCUGCAGGCUUCGUUUUGGCUGUUGAUCUGUGGUUUUGAUGUUUGAUAUGGCUGCUGCAACAUGCCAUAUAAAUCCUACAGAAUUCUGUGGAAUUUGUAUGGAAUACAUAUUUUCUAGGGAUGUAGUGUCUGCUUUAGGUAUUGGGACUACAAAUUAUGUUCUUUGCACACUUUUCUUCUUUUGGUUUGGAGUAAGUAGUAUGUCACUGAUUUAUGGCACACAGAUCUGAACUAUUUAACCUUGAAAUAGGAAAAAAUACCAGGCUGAGGCCAUCUUUUUUCCUUUCACUCCACACAACUAUGAUAAUUUUCGGAUUUAAUGUCUUUUUUGUCAUUUUCUUUGGGGACAUGCAUUGAGCUUGGUACUCAAUAAGACGAUACACUUUGUAAUCGCUUUUUAUUAUUAUUACUACUUAGCAGUUGUAGUGCCAGAAAGAGAGGUGGUAUGCUAUAGCUUCUUCAUUUAUCAGAAGAUGUCCAUGCUACUGUUUUUCAAACAUGUUCUUCACAGCAGUGGUACCUACCAACCAUUUUUCACCUAACUUGUGGAUCACUGCUGUGGUGUUAAAUCAUCUAUGGAUGUACCCUUCAGGUACCCUUCUUUUUUCUGAAAGCUUUUUAAUAACAGCAAAAACAUUCUGCUGUCAAUGCCUGCUACAUAAAGAUUGUGUAUCAAUGUUGUAAGAACAGUAGUAAACAGGUAAAAUUUCCAGCAGCUAAAUGAGAUUUUUGUAGUAAUUUGGUUCUUUAGACAUCUUAAAUGUAUCCCUAAAAGGAGUCUGUUUUCUAAUAUCUCUGUCUUCCAUGAAAUAUCUUACAAAUGCCUGAUAAAUGAUAUUGCAAGUUAAAGGCUGAACUUCUACUAUAGGUAGGAACGAUUGGUUGACCUGGGGUGGAGGGGUGAGGGUACUUGUUGGGACCAGAUGGAACCAAUUAGCAAAGCAUGACCACUACGGCAGCUGACACAAGGUGUGCUUCUCACCUCCUUUUCCUGAGUUGAAAUAUUAGAAGUUUGGCCUUUAAACUACACAUUCUUAACAUUUCCUUUAAACUUCCUGAAAAAUCCAGCAAUAUAUUCAAGACUCCUUUUAUCAAGAUCUGCCCUCUUAUACAUUCUAAAACUAGGCCUACAUGCAAUUUGCCACAGUCAAUUUUAUUGGCCCUAUGGGUUUCAUCUCUUUCCAAAUGUGUGUAUUUUAUAUAACGUUUGCAACAAAAACAUCAUGUACAUUUUUGUCAAGCCAUGCAGCCAAUAUUAUUAAUCUCAACUGUUAAAACAUAACUUAUUUAUGUGAAUAUUAUCAUCAUACAAGCAUGAUUUAUUUAACACUUUCUUACUGAGGGAUUUACUGAAUGCUUCUGCAUUAACAAAGAUCCCAUCAAUAGUUCAUAGUCAGAGAAGCAGCAAAUAAAAAUCUUAAUUCUUCAAAGAACACCCACAACUGUAGAGAGGGACAGCUAAAUAAAUAACAAGAUUGAUAAUAUUAAAAAUGUUCUGUUGCUAGUUCACAGAACAUUUUACGAACUGUUUUGACAUUUGUGAAGGUAUGAAGUGUAGAUAUCCAUGUGAACUUUUGCAGCACUUGUGUAUUCAGAUAACAAUUAGUUUGAUUUCGUCAUAAUAUAUGUAUGAAUGUGUACUUUAGGAUCUUUGGAGUUUUCCUCAUAAUUUGCAUAUUGAAAAUUUGAACAAUCUCAGAAGGGAGUCUUGAUCUAUGUGCAAUAUUCCUACACACAGGACAUACUUCAACCAGUUUUGAUUAAAUGCAUUGUUAACACUAUAAUUUGUGUAUCUCUUUAGUACUAUUAAGAUUUCUAAAAUAAAAGUUUUUUGAGAGUAUUUCACAAGUUAUGUUGUUUUUGUCAUCGUGGGGCAAUGUUCUUUACUGUGGUACAAAUAUUUUAGUGUAUUUCAUUUGUAAUAGUUCUUUUUUUUUUAAUUUGAAAACACUUGAAUUAUGCAAACUAAUUUAACCUUCUCAGAUGUUCACUCACUGCUUUAUAAAUUAAUUUGAUCAUAGGUGUCUGCAGCAAAUAGUUGCAUACCUGUUGAGUGAUGUCCCUUCACCUUACUGGCUGAAGGGGACUUGUUCUCUGUUUUCUUUCAUAGUGCCUUCGGGUUUUCUUGGUGUUUGGUAUCUACUGACUACUGUUAAUCUGUGCUUUUGUUGCCUUUUAGCUGCGACUGUUUCCUGAGCCUGUGGCCCAUUUUUGUCUUCAUCAUCUAACGGUCUCAAAUGCUGUCUACAUCAUCUCAGCUCCUGGAUUUUCAUUUGCUGAUUUAAAUCAUCACUACCCUGCAGGCCUUUAAUACUUUCUGCUCUACCUAUGGUCCAUUUUCCUUGUAACAUUCUCCCUGCUUUAGAUUCUGGAUGUAUGCAAGUCAACAAGCAUGAACUGGAUUCUCUGAUCUCAUCUACAAUCCUGCCUUCUGCUUCAUCUAUUUUCUUCACUGCCACUGUUCGUGUGACCUCUUGACAAGUCAUAUGUAUGCCAACAAUGAACAACUUUAUGUUACUGGUGCCAUUACCACUAUUCCACUACAACUACCAGCCACAGCUGGAAGUAUAACUGAGCUUUAGUGACUGCAUCUAUGUCAACGGCAUUCACCUUGAAAACAAUGAACUCUUUGUUUUGAGACCAUUAAUCUUAUGUCUGUGUAUUUAUAUUUUAAGCUCCUUGAGUCCAGCUUAUGCUGGAAAAAGGCACUAUACAAAUGUGCUAUUUAUUAGUUGUCAGGAAAGUUAACAUCCAAAAUUGCUUUUUUUUUUUCAAGUGUUUGCUAGUGGGAGAUUUUAGUUAUUAAUGAAAGAUUUCCGACUUGAAGAAAAUUACCAUUUUUAACUUCAGAAGUACAGCAAGUACAAAUGUAUGUGAUGAACAGAGGUACCUCGUGUUACAAAUAUUUACGCUAAUAUUAAAACAAAUUUGUGUAGAAUCAUGAAACGUAAAGUUUAUUUCUAAGAGGAACAGAAAAGUAUUCUUUUUAUAGCUUUGCUACUUAGUUUCUUCCACUAGUUUUUAAUCCUUUAAAAGAUUUAUUGAGGGAAAAAAAUUUGGUUUAGAGGCAUCUGCUUAGCUCAGAUAUUUAAAAAAAAAAUGCUGCUUUGGAGAUGUGACUUUUUAUGAAUCGGAACUGUUUGUCACAGCUAUUUUCACAGUAUGUAUCCCCAUCAGGUAAUGGGAGUGUUUUACAUGCCUAUAACCACUCAUGGCUGUGUGGUGUGUUAAUAAGUGUAAUUUUAUAAAUGCAGAUGGGGAAAACACUUCUUGAAGUGUUUCAUUUCAUUUUUUUUUUCAUUACUCUCAGCUGUGUUCAUAUUUCAGAUGUGUAAAUUAUACCAUGCAAAAAUAAAUUUUAUUUUACUUGUA